GGGAUUCCGGCGUCGGUAUCCUGACCGCCGGGAUCCCGGCAGGUGGUCAGUUGACUGCCUCCCGCUGAGAAGCACCAGAGCAGAGAGCGACACCCUAGGCAGGAAAGAGGAACUGCACAUGUUUUGAAAGAUCUGCUGAUCUCUGCCAGGAUGAGCAACAGCCAUCCCCUACGCCCGUACACCGCCAUUGGGGAGAUCGAUCACGUGCACAUCCUGUCCGAGAACGUGGGCGCUCUGAUUAACGGCGAGGAGUACAGCGAUGUCACUUUCAUUGUGGAUAAGAUGAGGUUUCCGGCUCACAGGGUCAUUCUCGCCGCCCGCUGCCAGUACUUCAGAGCCCUGUUAUACGGAGGUAUGAAGGAGUCUCAGCCAGAGGCAGAGAUCGUCCUGCAGGACACGACGGCCGAGGCCUUCUCCAUGCUGAUGAAGUACAUCUACACAGGCCGAGCCAGCCUGAGGGACGAGCGGGAGGAGGUUCUGUUAGACUUCCUGAGCCUGGCACACAAGUACGGCUUCCCGGAGCUGGAAGACUCCACGUCCGAGUAUCUGUGUACUAUCCUGAAGACUCAGAACGUGUGCAUGAUCUAUGACGUGGCCAGCCUGUACUCUCUCUCCAAGCUAUGCGCUACGUGCUGCACGUUCAUGGAUAGGAACGCACAGGAAGUGCUCUCCAGCGAUGGCUACCUGUCGCUGUCCAAGGGCGCUCUCCUGGCGAUUGUGCGGAGAGAUUCGUUUGCCGCCCCAGAGAAGGACAUUUUCCAGUCUCUCAUCCGCUGGUGCAGACAAAACCCGAAGGAGAACCACGCUGAGAUCAUGGCCGCUGUGCGCCUUCCGCUCAUGAGUCUCACUGAGCUCCUCAAUGUGGUGAGACCGUCUGCACUACUCUCCCCAGACUCCAUCUUGGACGCCAUUAAAGUGCGCUCAGAGAGCCGUGACAUGGACCUUAACUACCGCGGGAUGCUAAUUCCGGAGGAGAACAUUGCUACCAUGAAGUACGGGGCCCAGGUAGUGAAGGGAGAGCUGAAAUCGGCUCUGCUGGAUGGGGACACUCAGAACUAUGAUUUAGACCAUGGUUUUUCCCGACACCCGAUUGAAGAUGACUGUCGCUCCGGAUUAGAAAUAAAGCUGGGCCAGCCCUCCAUUAUUAACCACGUUCGCCUUCUCCUGUGGGAUCAGGACAGCCGGUCUUAUUCCUACUACAUUGAAGUAUCCAUGGAUGAACUGGACUGGAUACGAGUCAUUGACCACUCGCAAUAUUACUGCCGGUCCUGGCAGAAGCUCUAUUUCCCGGCUCGUGUCUGCAGGUACGUCAGGAUCGUGGGGACACACAACACGGUCAACAAGGUCUUCCAUCUUGUAGCUUUUGAAUGCAUGUUCACACAGAAAACCUUUACUCUGGAGAAGGGUCUGAUCGUCCCUACAGAGAACGUGGCCACCAUCGCGGAAGCAGCCAGCGUGAUCGAGGGAGUGAGCCGCAGUCGGAACGCGUUGCUGAACGGAGACACGAAGAACUACGACUGGGAUUCCGGCUACACCUGUCACCAGCUGGGCAGUGGUGCUAUUGUCAUUCAGCUCGCCCAGCCUUACAUGAUUGGCUCUGUCAGGUUAUUGUUGUGGGAUUGCGAUGAUCGGAGUUACAGUUACUACAUUGAGGUUUCUAUCAACCAGCAGCAGUGGACAAUGGUGGCCGACAGGACGAAAGUUCCCUGCAGGUCGUGGCAGACAAUCACGUUUGAUCGACAUCCGACGUGCUUCAUCCGGAUCGUUGGCACUCACAAUACUGCAAACGAGGUUUUCCACUGCGUGCACUUCGAGUGUCCGACGCAGGCUCUCAGCCACAAAGAAGAUAACAACAAGGAGGGUCCGUCUAGCGAGCAGUCUCUACCUGCGCAGCAAGGCAUACCGAUAGCCCUGCGAGCUCCCAACGCCAGCUCAAUGCACACACUGACGGACCAGAGCAUCCAGGGACAACCGCCGCAGUGAGGGCAGCCCGAGACCCCUCCAGCCAUCUUUUCUCGCAGUCUCGUGUUUCAUGGUAACAGUUGCAAUGUUUCUCCAAGGACACCGCCGCCCUCCGCUGUUUUAGUAGGAAUCCAAUCAAGGCUCUUGGUAGAGAAAAUUGGUGUUCAAUCUUCAUCAAGACCACUAUUAGCACUCAGCUUCUCCAGUCCAGCCAUGUCCAUAGGCACGUCACCCAGUAAUUGAGCAGAAUGCUGUUGAAAUUCAGGCUAUGGCACAGACGUGGAACACAGCUAAUUGAGGAAUUUAUUACUUUCUGGCCUUCUGAAGUAGGAUUUUCCUCUGUACAUAGACUUGUUAUUGAUUGCUUUGCUAAAGCUACACAAUAAGACUGAAUCUCUCUACCAUCCUCCUGUGUUUGUGUCUCGGAAGCCACGGUACAGAUUGUUUUACCAGGCUGUCACUCGUCAGACGACGCCGUACACAGCCUGAGAACACAAACCACCCACAGAGAUGACUUUAGAUAAAAAUAGCAUCUGAUUUGCUGGAGCAAAAACCUGUUUCCGAGCACUUAGUUCUCUGAUUCUCUGGCGUCGGCUGCCUCAGAAAAGAUGUAUAUACCUGGUAUCGGAUAUUGAAGAAUUGUGGCUGUUUUUGCACUAAGCCGUACAGAGGCCAGUAACACUAGUAUAUUGCUCUGAAGUCAUACUUUAGAGGGGUUAAAUCACUUUGAUUUUAUUGAAACACAGGGAGUUACUUUGUAACAUAUCAAUAUAAAUUAAUUGCGGAGGCAGCCAUUUUAUGGGUUGGACCAAUUAUUCACUUGGAUUUAGUGACCUAAAUGAGGUAUGAGGCACAAAGUUCCUCAUGCCUCACUAGUUCCUUGGAAAUUUCUAGCCUGAAUUCUGGUGGUUAUUGGUUCAGCACAUGAGGUGGCUGCCACUGCUUUGAGGAUACACUUUAACCGUCCCAAACCAAUAGUUGGUACCGGUUAGAUUAUUGGUGGCUCUGAUUUACAUCACCCGGAUUAUGUGGAAGAGCCGUUGUAUAGUUUGGACGGGUGAAUACAGUUUACUUGGUGUCCUGCUUUUUUGGUAAAAGUUUUACGGUUAAAUUGCUAUGAUAUUUGUACAGCGUUAAAACUAUGUAUAGAUGAUGUAUUCAUAUGUGUUCAAUUCACAGUUGUAUAAAAAUUAUCUGAAUGGUG